AUGGAGGCAAGUAGGCAACUAACGCCUUCUCAUCUAGAUUCAACUGAAAUCAUUCAUCGCGACCACUCACAGUUUGCUCGAUCUCCGGUUAAAAGCGACUACCUUCGACCAUGUUAUUUCACUAACUGGGCCCAAUAUAGAAACGGUCGAGGAAAAUACAUGCCCGAGGAUUAUGUGCCCGGUCUGUGUACUCACAUACUUUUCGCAUUCGGAUGGAUGAACGAGGAUUACACUGUUAGAGCGUUUGACCCGGCCGAUCUGCCGAAUGAUUGGGCUGGAGAUGGCAUGUUCAAGCGUGUAAACGCUCUCAAGCGCACCGAUCCAGGUCUGAAGACACUCUUAUCUAUUGGUGGAUGGAGUUUUGGAACGCGUCUGUUUAAGGAUAUGUCUCAAACACCAGUCCGCAGAAAGGUGUUCAUCACCUCCGCUAUUGCAUUUGUUCGUAAGUGGGAUUUUGACGGUAUCGACAUCGACUGGGAGUAUCCAUCUGGUCCGGACGACGUUAGAAACUAUGCCAGCUUUAUUCAGGAACUCCAUGAUGCUUGCGUUGAAGAAGCUGUCCAGAGCGGUAAGCCUCGUCUAUUAGUAACGGCUGCAGUCUCUGCUGGUGAAAGUACCAUUGACGCCGGAUACGAUGUACCAAGCAUUGCCAACUAUCUUGAUUUCAUUCUUUUGAUGAACUAUGAUUUCCACGGUGCAUGGAGUACGGAAACCGGCUUCAACUCACCUCUCUAUUCAAGAGAGGAUAUGCCAGAAGCGGAAAAAGUUUGGAAUAUUGACUGGGCUGCUAAUCAUUGGUACGCUAAAGGCAUGCCUAAGCAAAAAAUCAUCAUUGGAAUCCCAACUUAUGGAAGAGGGUGGACACUAAAAGAUCCAACAAAUAUCAAAGUCGGCAGUCUAGGAAGCCCAGCAAAGAUCACACAAUUCACUCAAGAAGCUGGAGUAGCAUCGUAUUAUGAGUUCUGUGAAAUGCUUGCAACCGGUGCCACUCGUUACUGGAACUCUGAGCAACAAGUCCCAUACCUUGUUCAAGGUGAUCAGUGGUGGAGUUAUGAUGAUGAGGAGUCCAUUAGCAACAAGAUCGCAUGGAUCAAACGCAAUAAGUACGGAGGGGCAUUUGUGUGGACCUUGGACUUUGACGAUUUCAACGCUAAGUGCACAAAUUCGGAUGGGCAACUCUAUCCACUUAUUAGCAUUAUUGCCAGAGAUCUUGGUGGAGUUAUCAUUCCUAAGGUGGGUGGAAUUGAGAUUUUCGAACAGAUUGCACAUACGUUAGCAGAGCAUCUUAAAAUUAUUUCAAAACGAUUUUCUGAGGAAGUUCUGCAGAUUGUUGAGAUCGCUGACCAAUAUUUGCCAGUCGAGCUCCGUCAACCAGAAAUCCCAUUUCGCACCGGUUACGUCAUGUCAUGUCCGGCUACGCUGCAUUUUUCUCGUUUGCGAGGUUAUUGUGUGCGGAUUGCUGACUCGGACUGUGCAUCGCCGACAAUCGUCACGUCCACAUUGGCUACCACAACAAAAACAUCAGGGACUAGUGAGUUCGGUUGCGUUUCCUGA